CUGCAUUUCAGUCACGCAGCUUUGCUCAGAUUGGAGAUGAAGCAUGAGGGAUGUGUGUGGUUGUUUUGGUUUUUUUAACCUGCAAAAAAAAAAUCUUGUGCAGCUGCCAUCGGUAAUUUAAAGACAUAAAUCGCGCUUUGCGUCGACGCCUUUGCUUUGCUUGAGUCAAGAUUUGAGGUUUUUAUCGCAGACAGGGAGCGCGUAAUUUUGGACCAUCUGCAUUGCUUGCAUCCGAUCGAGCGACUGCAUGUCGUCGAGGCGAGUAGCGCGAAAACAGAUAGAAAUCAAGAGUCUGCUUCGGGAUAUUUAAUGCUUUUUUUUUGCAAAAAUAUUUAAACAUAUAAUUUUGGAAUUGGGUGCAGGGGCGAUAAAUAAGCGAUACAUUGCGAUGCUCAGCAUCAUCCACCAACAGUGAUGGUGCGUUAAGACAGCAGUAAAAUAGCCUAGAAAGGUGAUGGACGGUGUCCAGUCCAGCGGGUACAAGACACCUGCGAUCCUGGUCCUGAAUGCAGCGCAGAGAGACACCUAAGCGGGUGUCACCGUCAGCCCUGGAUGCUGCGCCGAAGGAUGGGAUACUCCGACCCAUCGUCGGGUAAAGAUAUACUCGGCAAUAGGUCUCUUUGUUUCAUAUUUAUUUGCGCAUUUGGACUCGUCACACUUUUGCAACAGAUUCUCUAUGGAAAAAACUACAUCAAGAGUGCGCAACAGUUUAGCCGACUCAAAGGGGACGAGACAGGAAAUUGGACCGGUCCCGUUAAUUUCUCGGAUGAUGGAUCUCUGAAGCCUGCCAGAAAUGGAAGGAAAAGAUGUUUCCGUCAGAAUUUUCAGCCAGAUUCACAGCUCUCCGUAAUAAACACACCCUGCCUAGCCGAUAUUAAGAAGAAAAAAAAACGCUCUCAAAGGUAUCUGGAAAACUAUGAUGGCUCCUUUGAGUACAACUCUACUGCAUGCAGGGAGCUCAGACAGGAGAUUAUGGACGUCAAAGUCCUGACAAUGGUGAAAACCUCAGAGCUGUUUGAGAGGUGGCGGAACCUGCAGGUGUGUAGGUGGGAGCAGAACAAGGAGGAGACCAGCAACUUUAAGAUGUCUCUGUCUCGCUGCUGUAAUGCUCCGUCCUUUCUGUUCACCACCAAGAGGAACACUCCUGCAGGGACCAAGCUUAGGUACGAGGUGGACACCAGUGGUAUCCUCCCUAUUACCACCGAGGUCUUUAAGAUGUUCCCAGAUGAUAUGCCAUAUUCCAAAUCACAGUACAAGAAAUGUGCUGUAAUUGGAAAUGGUGGUAUCAUCAAGAACAGCAAAUGUGGAAAGGAAAUUGACUCAGCAGAUUUUGUUUUUAGAUGCAACAUUCCACCCAUUAAUGACAAGUACUCAGCAGAUGUUGGCACUAAAACAGAUCUGGUGACAAUAAAUCCGAGCAUUAUUACUGAGAGAUUUCAGAAGCUGGAGAAAUGGCGGCGACCGUUUUACGAAGUUCUCCAGAACUACGAGAACUCCUCCGUGGUGCUACCGGCCUUCUACAACACCCGCAACACCGACGUUUCUUUCAGGGUCAAGUACAUGCUGGACGACUUCGACUCCCAGAGAGGCGUGUUCUUCUUCCACCCGCAGUACCUGCUGAACGUGCAGCGUUUCUGGGCCGUGCAGGGCGUCCGGGCCAAGCGGCUCAGCAGCGGCCUGAUGCUCGUGACCGCCGCCUUGGAGAUGUGCGAGGAGGUCCACCUCUACGGUUUCUGGGCGUUCCCCAUGAACCCCUCCGGCAUCUUCAUCACUCACCACUACUACGACAACGUCAAGCCGCGACCCGGAUUUCACGCCAUGCCCCACGAAAUUUUCAACUUCAUUCACAUGCAUACACGUGGCAUCCUCAACGUGCACACGGGGCAGUGCACGUGAUCUGUCUGCAUUAAUGUGUGAGCGCAGCAUUUUACCUUUUUUAGUUUUUUGUGUUGCAUUUCCGUUCAGUUCACUAUUUCCUCCUCCCUCGUUAAACAGAGCAUUGGCCUUGGGAGCACACACUUCUUCUGCUCCCAUUAUUUCAACGACAUGUUGAAGAUUGCUUGCUUUAAUUGCCAACAUGUUUCUCUUUUCAACGUGUACCUUAAGUUGUUUACUUAGCCAGUCAAAUCACUAUGGUUACCUGUGACUCUGACCAUAGGAUGCUUGUUUUUAAUGUGAAAAGUGGUCUUCAUAGUGAUGUUGUUUCUGUGAAGUUUUCUAGUGGCUCUGCUGUACAGAGGUGUUGUUUUCUACUCGAUUGCACAGAUAUUUACGCUGAAACGGGGCUGCAGUGGGAGUCUUUGUGCCCCCUCAUCCCCCUUCUCUCUCUCUUCUUCUUCUUCUCUCUUUAUCUCGGACACUCUGUGGGUGUGGCAGCUUUUAAUGUUUGUGUGAGACAAAAGCCUGAACCUUGAUAUUGAGCUAAUAUUUAGAAAAAAGAAAAAAGUUGUACAUCCAAUUGUCUACUUUUGUAAUCUAUUUCCUAUUCACCAGAUUCACUGGGUGAAUAUUUUAAAAACACUACUAUUGAAAUGGCCUGUUUUCAGCGGCCUACUUUCUCCCACUCAAAAACAAUCCUCUGAUAUUUCUGGUGAAAAAAAAUAUCGGAGCACGCUUGUCACGGUUUUGGACAAAAACCUGAUAAAUAUUUUACAUGGAUACCAUCUCAACAGAAGUUUGACUUGCAAAGGCCAUCCGAUUUGUAAAAGCUACACAGCACUGUUGAGCAGCCCAGCCUCUCGCUGUCAUUCAUGUCUUAAGCCAUAUUGCCUUAUGAGGUAUCAAACCCCUCUGUACGAUCUGCAACGCACCCGUGUGCUUUGCUCAUCUACAAAUACAUCAUCGUCAAACUACAAUCUUAGUUUGUCUCUUGAAUUCAAGGACACUUAAGACUUGCUAAGGUAUAGAAAUCCAUGUGCAGUUCUCAGCGUAUAUUCUAUUGGAACUACUCCGUGUAAGCUCCAUUCAUAACCACGUAAUGCUCUGCAUGACUUUAUACUUGGCGUUGUGUGUGCCUGCUUCAAUGAUCACUGAAAUAUGUUUACACUUAAGCCUCUAUCGAAGCUCACAGUGCUUUUGGAGAUGUAUACACGAACCUUUUCACGGAGAGAUUCAAGUGAGUUAUGUAAUGCAGUUCUCAUUCAUAAUUGAUCGCAAGAGUGAAGAUGGUCGCUGCCCCUGCUUGAAGUGCUACGACACUUUGUAUUAUUUUUACCUUCCACUUUCGACUGUGAACAUUCAGUUUGCACUCAAGCGAGGCAUUGUGCAUUUAAGUACUGAAAAGCUGUGUAGGUUUAUACUGUUUCUUUUGGUGCAAAAGGUUUUAAGAGAUUGUAAAUUAUCGUUUCGUCGCUCCUCCGUCCGUCCACGCUCGACCGCACACUUUGUCCAUAGGUUUCUUUGCAUUUGAAUGAUAAGAUGCUGUUUCUUUCAUCGUUUAUAGGUAUUCUUUGUGUGUUUAUGCACAAGAGAUGUGAGUUGAACAAAUAUGAAAACCAAAAAUUUUCGGCUUAACCACUAAAUUGUUGUAUGUCGCAACUGAACUAAGAAUGGGAAAGGAGAGGAACUGGUCUGUGUAAUGAAUGGAGGUGAUAUAUAACACAGUGCUUCUUAACUGACUCUGGAUCAUUUCUUUAUACUGGUACUGUGUUUGUAAAUAAACUUGUUUGGAUUUUCUCA